AUGAAGUGCUCAAGGAUUUCAUUGACUAAUAAUACAGACGAGUUAAAUGGGUCUGCAUUUGACUAUUAUGAUAGUUUUUCCGAGAAAGUGUCUUUUCUAAAAACCCGCAUCGGCAUGCUAGACUCUGUAGCGGAAACACAUCGUGCACGAUACAGCAGAUACAAUUAUCUUUUCGUAUUGAUUAUUACACCGGCAUUUAUACUGGCACUCGUCGCACCACCGUUAUGGCUGUCUUCGUCUAAAGAAACAAGCCAAACAGAAAUCACGGCAAUAGAAUCAACAAAUGAACCGAAUGACGAUUAUAAUUAUUGCUUCAAUCCAUUCACAUGUGUAAUGUCUUUGAAAAGUUUGGCCUUGUGGACUAUUACAUUUAUUUUGUUGGUUGGGUUGAUGUUGUCUUGGACUAUUGUACAGGGAGAGAAGAAGUUGCGCGAAGCAGUCAAAAUCGCAUUACAAGCCUUUAACCAGCUUGAUAAUCGACGACAAAUAAAUUGGCAAUUACUUGAAUCUUGCAAGCAUUUAGAGAUCCAGGAAAACCCUCCACCGGAAUUACAGGAGAUAAUUAUUCUUGAAUCGGGUCGAGUAUUCGCAGAAACUUUGGUAAUCGGUAUCGAAAAACUUUCUGGUGACGCUUCCUCACAACAACCGCUCGCCAAUAAUAAUAAUUCUUCAGUAACAAAUGCUUUCGCUGAGUUGGCCAAUAAUAAUAACUCUUUAACAACGGAUGCUUCCACUGAAAAGGUACUAGGAAAUGUUGUAUAG